AAAUCUAAUAAGAUCUCUCCGCUUCCUUUCCAAGAUUCCAACUCCUCGUUUUCCCUUUCUCCUUUUCUAUUAAAUUUAUAUAAGUAUAUAAAGUAUCUUCGGUCGAUGAAACCCCUCUCUUUCUGCCCAAUCCGAUUUUAACAGAUCGGAGAUUUUCAAGUGUAUGUUAAGAUCUUACGAAACGCUAAGACGGCUGACGGCGACGGCGCAUUCGAGGAGAGCAGAGUCCAGGGAGAACUGAGAGAUGACGCGAUUCCAAGUGGGCGGGAAAGUGGUGGAGAGUGUGGAUUUGCUGAAGAAGAGACACUGGUCUUGGCGUUUCGAUGUUUGGCCCUUCUUUAUUCUCUACGGCGUUUGGCUCCUAACUAUAGUACCUAGUUUAGACAUUGCCGAUGGCUUCAUAGUUCUUGGUGCCCUUGUUGCCUUUCAUGUUCUCGUCUUCCUCUUCACUGUUUGGUCCGUUGAUUUCAAGCGCUUUGUUCACUAUUCCAAGGUGGAUGACAUACAUCAAGCAGAUUCUUGUAAAGUCACUCCAGCUAAGUUCUCUGGAAGUAAAGAAGUCGUGCCUCUUCACUUUCGAAAGUUGGCUGGUUCCUCGUCCUCUGAGGAUCUGGAGGAGAUUUAUUUUGAUUUUAGGAAGCAACGGUACAUCUAUUCAAAGGAGAAAGGAACUUUCAGCAAACUUUCGUAUCCUUCAAAAGAGACAUUUGGAUACUACCUUAAGAAUACUGGCCAUGGAACUGAAGCUAAAAUUGUUGCUGCAACUGAGAAGUGGGGCCGGAACGUGUUCGAAUAUCCUCAGCCAACAUUUCAGAAAUUAAUGAAAGAGCAGGUCAUGGAGCCUUUCUUUGUAUUCCAGGUCUUUUGUGUGGGUUUAUGGUGCUUAGAUGAAUACUGGUAUUACAGUUUGUUCACUCUCUUUAUGCUGUUUAUGUUUGAGUCAACAAUGGCUAAGAGCCGGUUGAAGACCCUGUCUGAAUUAAGACGCGUAAGAGUUGACACCCAGACCUUGAUGGUGUAUCGCUGUGGAAAGUGGGUGAAACUCUCUGGCACUGAAUUGUUACCUGGAGAUGUUGUGUCUAUCGGGCGUUCUGUUGGUCAAAAUGGAGAAGACAAGUCCGUACCUGCUGACAUGCUUUUGCUAGCUGGAACUGCUAUUGUGAAUGAAGCUAUUUUGACAGGCGAAUCUACUCCACAGUGGAAGGUUUCAAUCAUGGCUAGAGGAACAGGGGAGACAUUGUCUGCUAGGCGAGAUAAAGCCCACGUACUUUUCGGUGGAACCAAAAUUUUGCAGCAUACGGCCGAUAAGACCUAUCCAAUGAAGACCCCUGAUGGUGGAUGCUUGGCUGUUGUUCUACGAACUGGGUUUGAAACAAGUCAAGGCAAACUUAUGCGGACUAUUUUAUUUUCAACGGAGAGGGUUACUGCUAACAGCUGGGAAAGUGGGCUUUUUAUUCUUUUCUUAGUCGUAUUUGCAUUAAUAGCAGCCGGCUAUGUUCUUAAAAAGGGGCUCGAGGACCCAACAAGAAGUAAAUACAAACUGUUUCUGAGUUGUUCAUUGAUAAUUACUUCUGUUAUCCCUCCCGAGCUGCCAAUGGAGUUAUCAAUAGCUGUUAAUACAUCUUUAAUUGCUCUAGCACGACGAGGGAUAUUCUGUACAGAACCUUUUCGGAUUCCAUUUGCUGGGAAGGUUGAUAUUUGUUGUUUCGAUAAGACUGGAACCUUAACAUCCGAUGACAUGGAGUUCUCAGGGGUUGGUGGAUUGACUGACAGUGAGGACUUAGAAAAAGAAAUGACUAAAGUUCCAACUCGUACGCAGGAAAUUCUUGCUUCUUGCCAUUCUUUGGUUUUUGUGGACAAUAAGCUGGUGGGUGAUCCUCUUGAGAAGGCCGCCCUUAAAGGGAUUGAUUGGGGAUAUAAAUCAGAUGAAAAAGCCAUGCCAAAAAAGGGUGGAGGUGAUGCUGUUCAGAUUGUGCAGCGACAUCAUUUUGCAUCUCACUUGAAAAGAAUGGCUGUAGUUGUUCGUGUUCAGGAGCAAUUUUUUGCUUUUGUCAAGGGUGCACCAGAGACAAUUCAGGAAAGACUCAUUGAUGUCCCACCAUCCUACGUGCCAACCUACAAGAAAUACACCCGUCAAGGAUCACGUGUAUUGGCUCUGGCUUUCAAGUCUCUGCCAGACAUGACAGUUAGUGAAGCCAGAAGCCUGGAGAGAGAUAUGGUGGAAAGUGGGCUUACUUUUGCUGGUUUUGCGGUGUUCAAUUGCCCCAUCAGAGGAGACUCGGCCACUGUCUUGACUGAAUUAAAACAAUCAUCUCAUGACUUG